ACAAAUUAUUUGAUGAAGUGGACUUCCAUAUUUGAGCUGUUUCUUCAAACACAAGCAAACCUUUGGUAAGUGGCAACCAACCCUUAUUUCAGCCACUGUUUCAUCACAUCUUCUUUUACCUUUUCAAAGAAAUGGGAGUCACAACUUUUUUCAAAAAUUGUAUCUUCAUGCUCUCAAUUCUUAUUUUGCUCUCUAGUUUUCUAUUGAACUGUGUCAUGGCUGGUGUUUAUGCUGUUGGUGAUCAAGAUGAAUGGAGUAGCCAGACAAAUUAUGCUACAUGGGCAGAAAAAUACAAUUUUACCCUUGGAGAUGUUCUUGUUUUCAAGUAUGUGAAGGGGCAACAUAAUGUGUAUGAAGUGAGAGAGGAGACUUUUAGAUCAUGUGAAACAAGUAGUGGAGUAUUGGCUAAAUAUGAGAGUGGUGAAGAUCAAGUUGUUCUCAAUAAGGUCAAGAAAUAUUGGUUCAUUUGUAAUAUAGUUGGCCAUUGCCUUGGAGGAAUGAGGUUUGGAAUUGAAGUUAAAAAUGUUACUAAUUCCAUGGAUGGUGGUGAAAUAAAUCAACAAAUUCAACCAAGUCCAUUGGAAAAUUCUUGUAUCUCUCAAAGAUGGAGAGUUAUUGGGAUGUUCAUUCCUUUUGGAACAGGAUUAUUAUUAUUAUUAUUGUUCAAUUUUAUUUUUUAUUAAGACUUUGAUUAGGUAUG